AUGGGUGCCUACAUCCCUGAGGGCCAAAAAGUGACUCCCUCGGCUCUCUUAUCUCCUUGGCAUGCCACAGAUGAUAUGCUGAGCAAGCUCCCGCCUACCUAUAUUGUCGUUGGCACGAAUGACCUCUUGUUAGACGACUCGAUAGAAUUUGCACGCAAGCUGAGACGGGCCCGGGGUGAGGUACAUCUGCAUGAGGCCGAUAAGGUGACGCAUGGCUUCCUACAACUCGAAGAUGCCGGAGGUGUACAUACUCGUGCAGCAGCGAAGGCUUCACUGUCACAUCUUAAGGAAAUGUACGCACUGCCAAAUACUAGCGACUGGAGCAUUGAUCAAGCGGAAUAUGAGAUGGGCUGGAUCCGGACGCAGAGCCAGGCAUGUGACACAGAAGUUAACCCCAUGACCAUCGGAAAGGCGACUGCUGCAUAA